AUGGGUAACGUCCAAACAUCAUCAAUUGCAAAUCAAUUACUUCCUUUCGAAUCAUAUAUUUCUGAUGUACCUAAACUUAAAUUUGUUGAAAGCCUUGGAUCAACUCGUUUUAUGAAAGUUGCAAGAGUAGAAACUGCAAAAGGUCCUAUAGUCGUUAAAGUUUUUGUUUUCUCUGACCAAUUUUGUCAUGUUGAAUUUUAUCGUGACCAACUACAACAAAUUGGACGAAGACUUUUAUCACAUCCAAAUUGUGCUCCAUUUAGCCAUAUUUAUUUAACAGCCCGGUCUGCAAUUCUUUGCCGUCCUUUUUCUAAAUUUACACUUUAUGACCGAUUGAGUACUCGCCCUUUUCUUUCGACUAUUGAAAAACGUUGGAUAGCCUUUCAAUUGCUCAAAGCAUUUGCCCAACUUCGAAUUGCUAUGAUUAGACAUGGAGAUAUUAAAUCCCAAAAUGUUCUUGUUUCUUCUUCACUGUGGAUUAGAAUUACUGAUUUUGCUCCUUUUAAACCAACUUUUUUGCCUUAUAAUAAUCCAUCGGAUUUUACAUUCUUUUUUGAUACAAGUAGACGACGUUUUUGUUAUUUGGCGCCGGAGCGCUUCAAAGACAACGACGAGCUUUUAAUGGAAGCCAAUCGAAAUUAUGGCAACAAUGAAUUUAUUAAUUUCUAUGAAGGUCUAACUGAAGCUAUGGAUAUUUUCGCACUAGGCUGUUUAUUUGUCGAAUUAUUCACUGAUGGUCGUCAGGUUGCAUUUAAUCUACCACAGGCAAUUGAUUAUAAACUUAUGGAUGAUGAAAGUGCAGAGAUUUAUUUGAAAAGAUUGCUUUCACAUAUUUCUGAACAAGAAUUUGUCCCUUUAAUUAAAAUAAUGUUAGAUAGAAAUCCAAAAAGAAGAAGAGAAGAAUUUCUUAAGCUCUCACCAUGUUCUUCAUAUAAUUUAUUUCCUCCCAUAUUUGAAAAAUAUUUGUAUAAUUAUUUUAAAGAACUCCAAGAGCAACCAACUCCCGAUGCUUUAAUUACAAAACUUUAUGUUGAACGAGACAAUUUUAUUUCAAUGAUUCGUGAUCUCGAUUGUUCCUCAGUUUCUGUGUUGUUUAUUAAUUAUGUUUGCGUUUCUCUACGCAGUUGUCAAUCAUUAACAUCGAAAAUGGAUGCAAUUUCACUUUUACAUCAAUUAUCUAAAAUUUGCACUCCUGUAUUAGUUUUUGAGCGUAUUAUUCUUUAUUUGGCAAAUUCCUUAAGUGAUUACUUUGCAUUGGUUCGGGCAGAAGCUUUGUUAGUUUUGGGAGAAAUACUUUGUUCUGUUGAAAUAAUUCCGCCAGAAGAAUGUCGAUUGAUUGACUUUAUUUUUCCAAAAUUUAAACUUUUAUUAAAUGAUCCUUCAAAUCUUGUUAAAAUUGCUCUUGCAAGCAAUUUAGGCAAAUUCGCUCAACUUGCUAAAAGAUUUUUUGAAUUAAAUGCAGCUCGUCUUCGAAGUGACUCACCUGAGCAACAAUCCCAAAAAGAUUCAAAUCUCUCUCAACUAGAUCCAAAAGCUGCUUUUGUUUCCCCUCCUUUAGACAUGGGAAAGAGUAGCACAAGACUGGAAGUUUUCUUAAGUAAUGAAAAACAACAUCUGAUAGAAACCGAGUAUAAAUCAUCUCAGGACGCCAUUACUGAACUGUUUGUAACACUUUGUGGCUCAGAAAAUGAAGUUCGGCGAUGUAUUUUUGAAGCGACAAAUUUGGAUUUACUUUGUCAAUUCUUUGGAAGUUCAAGAAUUGUUGAUGUUUUAUUAUUAAAUGACAAGAAUGAUUGGCGUAUUCGUUCAGCAUUUUAUGAGGCUUGCCCAAUUCUAGCCAAACAUUUGGGACAAAAUAGAACGAGCAAAUUAAAGCCAUUUCUUUUGUCAGGACUGCAGGACAGUGAGGAGUUUGUUGUUAUCGAAGCAUUUCGUUGUAUUUAUUUGCUACUGUCCCAGCAGUUAUUAUCAUCUUCUGUAAUUUUCAAUAUUCUCCCAGAUGUUGUUCCAUUUCUAAUACAUCCCAACAAAUGGUUAAGAGUUAUUGCAGUAAAUAUUUUGACCGUUCUAGAAUCUUCAUUUUCUAUUGCUGAUAUUUAUUGCAAAUUAGUACCACUUCUUCAACCAUUUCUUAAAGAACAAUUAAUUAGAUUGAAUUGCUUUGAUUUAAUUUACGAAACCUUGGAACAACCAAUUUCACGACAAAUUUGGGAUUUACUUUUAAGUGAGUCUUUUCAAUUAGUUAAACUAAAUGUAAAAUUUUUUAAAGAAGAACAUCAUUCAUUUGAAUUAAUUUCUGCCAUUGAGGAACGUAAAACUGUUGAAAAACUUGGUGGUGGUAAUGACUCAUAUUUUUCUUCACUUGGGUCAUUGUCGGCAAAUGUUAAGAAUAAUCGUUAUAAAAUAGAUUCAUUAAUGCGUAAAAUAAAAAAUACGGGAAGUACAGAUGAAAGAUUGGAUAUUAAGCUUAUUGCCUUUAAACAUUUAUUUGGUCGGAUAGAAAAAUCAAAAAGAAGAGAUCGCAUUGAAAAAUAUUUGGAUUUAUCUAGAAUAAAUUUAAAUGAAAUUGAAAGAGUCCAUCGAAAAGUUUUUGAUUUGGAAAGAGGUGUACAUAGAAAAGGACGUGAAUUAACUUCAAGUCAUUUUUUUGUUGAUCAGUUUGGUGCACAACAUGUUAUGCUUAAUACAUCUGAAUUGAUUAAACCUGCAAAUGUAGUUGAUUUAAAUGAUGCAAAUCAUUCAGCAUUGAACCAACGGGUACUGGAUGAGUCCUCUGAACGAAUUUUACUUGAAGAAACUCUACGGCAUAAACAGGAACGUUAUACUGACCAAAAGAGAAUUACAACUAAAGUUAGUGAAUCAAAUUCAGAAAUAGCCGAAAGAAUAGCUGCUGCAGCUAUCGAAGCGGGUACUAGUAGUGAAGAUGAUAGGGCAAUAUCAUCCAAAGAUGACUUAAAUUCCCGACAAAGGAUACUUCGCAGCUCAAGACGGCUUAAUAUUCGUAUGCUUGCUCAUCUACAUGAACAUUCUGGAAAAAUAACUAGGCUUGCAAGCCAUUCAGCACACGAUUAUAUUGCAAGUGCUAGUGUUGAUAAAUCUGUUAAAAUUUGGUCAUCUUCCCUCUUACAAAAUCAAUCACAACCUGCUUCGAUGUCUUUGGACACUUUUCGAUAUUCACAUCCAAUUAAUUCAUGUAGUUUUAUGGGCGAUCGUGGUAAUCAUCUCGUAAUGGCGUGUGCUGACGCCUCUCUUCAAUUAUUUGACAUUGAACGUAAACAUUUAAUAAAAUCAGUUCAAUUGAAUAGACAACAAGAAGGCCCAAUCACUGAUUUGUAUUCUUUUGAACAUCUAAUUUAUGCUUUGACGCAUCAUAGUAGUGUUUUUUGUUAUGAUUUGAGUUACGGUUUAAUUACUUCAUUUUGCAUUGACUCUUCUAAUCAACAAUGGAUGCUACUUACUGCUAGUUCGGCCACGACCAAAAAUAUGCUUUUGUGGGAUUUAAGAUUUGCAGGAUUAGAAGUAGCAACCUGGUCUCAUCCUUCAGAUAGAAUAAUUCCAUUACGUAGCUGGCAUCUUUCAAAUCAUCGUGUUAUAACAAAUUGCACACGGGAAUCUGAAUUGUCACUUUGGGAUAUUUCUUCACAAAGCAGAUCUGACGUUCUUUGGCCAAGCGUUGAAACACCUUUGGUUUACAAGAACGAAAUUGUAUCUUCAGCCGUUGCUCCUUCGUUGAGUGAUCGAGAAAAUAUAAUCUUCAGUGGGGAUUCUGAAGGCAGUCUUCGGGCUUGGAAUUUAUCCACCCCGAGUGCUUCAACUUAUCUCUGUGGUCCAUAUCGUCGACACUUGCCUAUACUUGAAAGUAUUAGUGACUUACAACAAAUAAAAACCCCAAUGAUUUACUAUAAACAAAUAAAAUGUCAAGACAACGCACUUAAAAUUCAUGUGGAAGAUCGCAGUCAAUUACUGACACAAACAGAUGGAAGUGAAGAACAACAAAUGACAUCACUUUCUGGUGGAGGUGGACAACAAAAACUUUUACAUGUACCAGAGGCUCACUGGGAUGGAAUUACUGAUUUAAUUUCAUUAUGGCCAGAUCUGUUAAUUUCUUCGGGACGUGAAGGUGUUAUUAAACUUUGGAAAGUUUGCUGAAGUUCAGUCAGUAGAGAUGUGCAGGACUAUUGGUUUUGAAACUUAUGAUUUUCUUAGGGUUCGGUCCCGCACGUCUCUGUUUAA